AUGCCGGACCCUCGAGUGAAUGCGCAGGAGGGCAGGGAAGGAGCCAGCCCGCCCGGCUGGGCUGCUGCCGCCACCAGUACAUGGCGGUGUGGACGGGGCGGUCUGAUUGCUCUCCUUUUGCUGCUGCUGGUGUUCACCGUAGCUUUGUAUGCCCAGCGUCGUUGGUAUAAGCAACGCAGGAUUCCACAGAAGAGCGCCAGCACGGAGGCCACCCAUGAGAUUCAUUAUAUCCCAUCGGUGCUGCUGGGCCCCCAAGGGAGAGAGAGCUUCCGGAACUCACGCUUGCAGGCCCACAACUCAGUCAUUGGCAUGCCCAUACGUGAGACCCCUAUCCUGGAUGACUAUGACUAUGAGGAGGAAGAGAACCCUCUGCGACCUGAGCAUGGCUGCAGGGAGGACGAGUUUGGCGGCUCGGUGACACGGCCCUUGGACAGCCUGGGCAGGAAUGAGGAGAAGCCCGACUAUGAGAAGACAGCUGCAGAGGUGACUCAAGAAACGGUAGAGUCCUUAAUGCAAAAGUUCAAGGAGAGUUUUCGAACCAACACACCUAUUGAGAUAGGUCAGCUCCAGCCAGCACUACGCAGCGCAUCUGUUGGACGACGGAAACGGAGGAACCGACCUCGAGGUGGGAUUGGGUUUGGACGUGCCAAAGGCAACUCUGGUUCAGAAGCAGAUGAUGAAACUCAGUUGACCUUCUACACCGAGCAGUACAGGAGCCGUCGACGUAGCAAAGGUUCCCUCAAGAGUCCCAUGAACAAGACAGCGCUGACAUUAAUUGCAGUGAGCUCCUGCAUCCUGGCUAUGGUGUGUGGCACUCAACUGUCCUGCCCACUGACGGUCAAGGUGACUCUACACGUUCCUGAACAUUUCAUUGCAGAUGGAAGCAGUUUUGUCGUGAGUGAGGGAAGCUAUUUGGACAUCUCUGAUUGGCUGAACCCAGCAAAGCUGUCCCUUUAUUACCAAAUCAAUGCCACAUCUCCCUGGGUGAGAGAUCUCUGUGGGCAGAGGACUACAGAUGCUUGUGAACAGCUGUGUGAUCAGGAUACCGGCGAGUGCAGCUGUCAUGAAGGCUAUGCCCCUGACCCUGUGCAUCGACACCUGUGUGUGCGCAAUGACUGGGGACACAGUGAAGGGCCUUGGCCCUACACAACCCUCGAAAGAGGCUAUGACUUAGUUACCGGAGAACAAGCUCCUGAGAAGAUACUCAGGUCCACCUACAGCCUGGGUCAAGGCCUCUGGCUUCCUGUGAGCAAGAGCUUUGUUGUUCCUCCUGUGGAGCUUUCGAUAAACCCCCUUGCCAGCUGCAAAACAGAUGUCCUGGUGACAGAAGACCCAGCAGAUGUCAGGGAAGAAGCGAUGCUGUCCACCUACUUUGAAACCAUCAAUGAUCUGCUCUCGUCUUUCGGGCCAGUCCGAGACUGCUCGCGAAACAAUGGUGGCUGCACCCGCAACUUCAAGUGUGUGUCGGACCGUCAAGUGGACUCAACAGGUUGUGUGUGCCCCGAGGAGCUGAGGCCCAUGAAGGAUGGUACUGGCUGCUAUGACUACUCCAAAGGAAUCGAUUGUUCUGAUGGCUUCAAUGGUGGUUGUGAACAGCUGUGUCUCCAGCAGACUCUUCCUCUCCCAUCGGACCCACUGUCCAGCACCAUCUACAUGUUCUGUGGCUGUGUUGAGGAAUACAAGCUGGCUCCAGAUGGCAAAUCCUGCCUCAUGUUAUCAGACAUCUGUGAGGGCCCCAAGUGCCUCAAACCAGAUACAAAAUUCAACGACACUCUCUUUGGGGAAAUGCUGCACGGCUACAACAACAGAACCCAACAUGUCAACCAAGGGCAGGUUUUCCAGAUGACAUUCAGGGAGAAUAAUUUCAUCAAGGACUUUCCCCAGCUGGCUGAUGCGUUGAUGGUGAUCCCCCUGCCAGUGGAAGAGCAAUGUCGCGGUGUGCUCUCUGAGCCUCUGCCGAACCUUCAGCUGCUCACUGGUGACAUUCGGUACGACGAAGCCAUGGGUUACCCCAUGGUGCAGCAUUGGAGGGUCCGGAGCAACCUGUACAAAGUGAAGCUCAGUACCAUCGCCCUCUCGGCAGGAUUUGCGAACGCCCUGAAGAUCCUGAACAAGGACAGCAGCCGGGAGGAGUUGCUGUCCUUCAUCCAGCAGUAUGGCUCCCACUACAUAGCAGAGGCCCUGUACGGCUCUGAAUUCAGCUGUGUCAUCCACUUUCCAAGCAAGAGGAUGACGCUGCAGCUGCCGAUACAGCAGCAACAGGAAACGACUGAACUUGGCAACAAGAAGGAGCUGAAGUCCAUGCCAUUCAUCACUUACCUGUCGGGCCUGCUGUCUGCCCAGAUGCUGUCAGAUGAUCAACUGAUCAUGGGCGUGGACAUCCGCUGUGAAGAAAAAGGGCGCUGCCCCUCCACAUGCCACUUGUGCCGGCGCCCAGGCAAAGAGCAGCUCAGUCCGAUGCCCGUGCUCCUGGAGAUUAACCGUGUGGUCCCCCUCUACACAUUGAUCCAGGACAACGAAACCAGGGAGGCUUUCAAGGGGGCUCUGAUGAGCUCGUACUGGUGCUCAGGGAAAGGAGAUGUGAUCGAGGACUGGUGCCGAUGCGACUUGAACGCCUUCGAUGAGAACGGCCUCCCCAACUGCAGCCCCCUCCACCAGCCUGUAUUGCGACUGUCCCCAAACGUGGAACCUUCUAGUACUGUCGUCUCUUUGGAGUGGUUGGAUGUUCAGCCUGCCAUUGGAACCAAAGUCUCAGACUACAUCCUCCAUCAUAAGAAGGUUGAUGAGUACACCAACACCGAUCUCUACACAGCUUUCUGCAACUGCGUGCUGCCAGCUGUGGAGAUCCAACGCUGUACGUGCCACUAG